AUGAGUACGUGCGACGAGAACAUUUACAAAUAUCUCGAUAUUUAUUAUCAAAAAUUCUUUCCGUACGAGGAACUCUGCGCUUGGUUAGGUUAUGGAGACGUGGCCACCCUCUCGUUUAGAGAAUUUUCGUUCAGGCUGUUGAGUCAAUUGUUCAUUAGAAAUAAAUCUUUUCCAAUUCCUAGUCAGAUGAAGGCAAUCGUUUUGAAGGAACUUCCAAUAGCAAUAAAUAUUGGAGCGAUAUACAACACGCCUCCGCGCUGUAGGAGCGUAUCCAAGUCCUUUGUCGAAAAGGAACUGGUCUUCGACAUAGAUAUAUCCGACUACGACGACGUGAGAACGUGCUGCGAGGGGUCUGAUAUCUGUACAAGAUGUUGGAAGUACAUUCUUAUUGCUUGCAAAAUAUUAGAUAUUUGCUUAAGACAUGAUUUCGGAUACGACCUUAUACUCUGGAUCUUUUCUGGAAGAAGAGGAAUACAUUGUUGGGUUUGCGAUAAAGCUGCUAGAACAUUGAAUCAAAGUACGCGUUCUGGGAUAUUGAACUACAUGCGGCACGAAGCGUUGAAGUGUUUCGCCAAGGAGGACCAUUUUCAAAUGAGAAAGUUGAACUAUUACGACAGGCGCGUUCUUGCAAUCAUAGAGCCCGAGUUUAUACCUUUAUGCGUCGUAGAUCAAAAUCUACUUGGUACGGAGGAGGGAGUCGAUUAUUUUCUGGCUCUACUUCCUGAUAACGAGGCACGGACGGACGUUAAACGGUUGUUCGAUGAUCGCACAAGCAGUGUCGAUAGGUGGAACUCAUUUACCGAGUAUCACAAAGAUAUGAUCAAUUCUGGCGUACGUUAUUGGAAGGGAUUGGAGGAAUAUCCGGAUCACGUAAAGUUGCACUAUUGCGGUCCUAGAUUUGAUAGUAACGUAACAGAGGGUACAACGCAUUUGUUGAGAUGUCCAUUUUCUGUGCACAAUGAAACUGGCAAAAUCGUUGUACCGUUCGACUUGGCCGACGUAGACAAGUUUGAUCCGUCGACUGUUCCUACGAUAAAACGAUUGAUUACCGAAAUUAAUAUUCUAAACAGAAAUCGUUCGAUCGAAGGUGACGUAGGUUAUGCGAGUGAUUGCUACGAGACUAGUUUAAAGAAACCCAUCGAUAUUUUUCAAAGAUUUGUAAAACGAGUAACGACAAACUGAAAUUAAAAUUAAUAUCAAAUGAAA